CGCCAACUGCACACACACAGGCGGGCGCUCUGCAAUGAAACACUAAGCGCAUCCCCCGGCUUCUCCAACAAGACAACAUCUGAAUUUGGUUGCUUCUGGUUCUUGGACUAAACAGCUGGUUUGUCAUCCUUCAACAAAUUUCUGGACUGAUUGGUUAAAAACUGCAUGGCUACUGGAGAUCUUCCAUAUUCUUUAAAGGUAAUUUUGGAGAACUGGACUUUUUACAUGAACUGAGGAUUUAGCAGUUCUGAGGGGGAGCCUUCAAAUCACUGAGAAAAAUGGUGGCCUUGUCAUUAAAGAUAUGUGUCCGCCACUGCAACGUGGUGAAGACUAUGCAGUUUGAACCAUCCACAGCAGUGUAUGAUGCCUGCCGAGUCAUUCGGGAGCGGGUACCCGAGGCACAAACUGGACAAGCUUCUGACUAUGGCUUAUUCCUAUCGGACGAGGAUCCCAGGAAAGGCAUUUGGCUGGAAGCAGGCAGAACGCUGGACUACUACAUGCUGCGGAAUGGGGAUAUUUUGGAAUAUAAAAAGAAACAAAGACCUCAGAAAAUACGGAUGCUGGAUGGAUCGGUGAAGACAGUGAUGGUGGAUGAUUCAAAAACUGUUGGAGAAUUACUAGUCACGAUUUGUAGCAGGAUAGGUAUAACCAAUUAUGAAGAAUAUUCAUUAAUUCAAGAAAUAAUUGAAGAGAAGAAAGAGGAAGGAACGGGUACACUCAAAAAAGACAGAACACUACUACGAGAUGAAAAAAAGAUGGAGAAGCUAAAGGCCAAACUUCACACCGAUGACGAUUUAAAUUGGCUAGAUCACAGUCGAACCUUUAGAGAACAAGGAGUGGAUGAAAAUGAAACAUUACUGCUUAGACGGAAAUUCUUUUAUUCAGACCAGAAUGUAGAUUCAAGAGAUCCCGUGCAGCUGAAUUUGCUUUAUGUUCAGGCUCGAGAUGAUAUCCUGAAUGGUUCCCAUCCAGUCUCCUUUGAGAAAGCUUGUGAGUUUGGUGGAUUUCAAGCCCAGAUACAGUUUGGACCUCAUGUAGAACAUAAACAUAAACCUGGGUUCUUAGAUCUAAAGGAAUUUCUGCCCAAAGAAUACAUCAAACAAAGAGGAGCUGAAAAGAGAAUAUUUCAGGAGCACAAGAACUGUGGUGAGAUGUCAGAAAUAGAAGCCAAGGUGAAAUACGUAAAACUCGCACGUUCUCUCCGGACGUACGGUGUCUCCUUUUUCCUCGUGAAGGAAAAGAUGAAGGGUAAGAAUAAAUUGGUCCCCCGAUUGCUGGGCAUCACUAAGGACUCAGUGAUGCGAGUGGAUGAAAAGACCAAGGAAGUCUUGCAAGAGUGGCCCCUUACUACCGUCAAGCGCUGGGCAGCAUCGCCCAAGAGCUUUACUCUGGAUUUUGGGGAGUAUCAGGAAAGUUAUUAUUCAGUACAAACAACUGAAGGAGAACAGAUAUCUCAACUGAUUGCAGGCUAUAUUGACAUCAUCCUCAAGAAGAAACAAAGUAAAGAUAGAUUUGGAUUAGAGGGAGAUGAGGAGUCAACGAUGUUAGAAGAAUCUGUUUCCCCUAAAAAGUCCACCAUCCUACAGCAGCAAUUCAACCGAACAGGGAAGGUAGAACAUGGCUCUGUGGCGUUGCCAGCUGUCAUGCGCUCUGGUUCCAGUGGACCAGAAACUUUCAACAUUGGCAGUAUGCCCUCCCCCCAGCAGCAGGUCAUGGUUGGCCAGAUGCAUCGAGGACACAUGCCUCCAUUGACGUCGGCCCAGCAGGCUCUGAUGGGAACAAUUAAUUCCAGCAUGCAUGCGGUUCAGCAAGCUCAGGCGGACCUCAGUGAAGUUGAUAACCUACCACCUCUCGGGCAGGAUAUGGCCUCUAGGGUGUGGGUUCAGAACAAAGUCGAUGAAUCAAAACACGAAAUCCACUCUCAGGUUGAUGCUAUCACGGCUGGAACAGCUUCAGUUGUUAACCUCACAGCUGGUGACCCGGCAGACACAGAUUAUACCGCUGUGGGCUGUGCAAUCACAACCAUCUCUUCCAACUUGACGGAAAUGUCCAAGGGUGUGAAGCUCCUGGCAGCCCUCAUGGAUGAUGACGUGGGCAGUGGAGAAGACCUACUGAGAGCUGCUCGGACGUUAGCCGGGGCAGUGUCAGAUUUGUUAAAGGCUGUGCAGCCUACUUCUGGAGAGCCUCGACAGACUGUGUUGACUGCCGCCGGAAGUAUUGGUCAAGCCAGCGGGGAUCUUUUGAGACAGAUUGGAGAGAAUGAAACAGAUGAGCGAUUCCAAGAUGUGCUAAUGAGUUUAGCCAAAGCCGUCGCUAAUGCUGCCGCCAUGCUGGUGCUGAAGGCAAAGAAUGUUGCACAGGUGGCGGAGGACACCGUUCUGCAGAACAGAGUGAUCGCUGCGGCCACCCAAUGUGCUCUCUCCACCUCCCAGCUGGUGGCCUGUGCUAAGGUAGUGAGCCCCACCCUCAGCUCCCCUGUGUGCCAGGAACAAUUGAUUGAGGCUGGAAAACUUGUGGACCGUUCAGUGGAAAACUGCGUCCGCGCCUGCCAGGAUGCCACAGAUGAUAGUGAGCUGCUGAAGCAGGUCAGCGCAGCAGCCAGCGUGGUCAGCCAGGCCUUACACGACCUCCUGCAGCAUGUCCGGCAGUUUGCUAGCCGAGGAGAGCCGAUUGGCCGCUAUGACCAGGCAACUGACACCAUCAUGUGUGUUACUGAGAGCAUCUUCAGCUCAAUGGGAGAUGCUGGUGAAAUGGUACGGCAGGCCAGAGUCCUCGCGCAAGCUACCUCAGACCUCGUCAAUGCCAUGAGGUCAGAUGCCGAGGCUGAAAUCGACAUGGAGAAUUCCAAAAAGCUUCUGGCAGCUGCAAAACUCUUGGCCGACUCCACUGCCCGCAUGGUUGAAGCUGCAAAGGGUGCUGCUGCUAACCCAGAAAAUGAGGAUCAGCAGCAGAGACUCAGGGAAGCUGCAGAAGGACUCCGGGUUGCAACCAAUGCAGCUGCUCAGAAUGCUAUUAAGAAAAAAAUUGUCAACCGGUUAGAGGUUGCAGCAAAACAGGCUGCAGCUGCUGCUACUCAGACAAUUGCGGCAUCCCAAAACGCGGCUGUUUCCAACAAGAACCCAGCGGCACACCAGCAACUUGUCCAGAGCUGCAAGGCAGUGGCUGAUCACAUCCCUCAGCUGGUCCAGGGGGUAAGGGGGAGCCAGGCUCAAGCAGAAGAUCUCAGUGCUCAGCUCGCUCUCAUCAUUUCCAGCCAGAACUUCCUCCAGCCGGGAAGCAAAAUGGUGGCCUCAGCCAAAGCCGCAGUGCCUACUGUCAGCGACCAGGCUGCAGCUAUGCAGCUGAGCCAAUGUGCCAAGAACCUUGCUACCAGCCUGGCAGAGCUGAGAACUGCCUCUCAAAAAGCACACGAAGCGUGUGGCCCAAUGGAAAUCGACUCUGCUUUGAACAUCGUACAAACUCUCAAAAAUGAGCUGCAGGAUGCCAAAAUGACAGCUGUGGAGAGUCAACUAAAGCCACUCCCUGGAGAAACUCUGGAAAAGUGUGCCCAGGAUCUAGGAAGUACCUCCAAAGCUGUCGGGUCCUCAAUGGCCCAGCUGCUGACUUGCGCUGCUCAAGGCAAUGAACACUACACAGGGGUGGCUGCAAGAGAGACAGCACAGGCUUUGAAAACCCUGGCCCAGGCAGCUCGAGGAGUAGCAGCAUCUACCAGUGAUCCUGUGGCAGCUCAUGCUAUGUUGGAUUCAGCCAGAGAUGUGAUGGAGGGCUCAGCCAUGCUCAUUCAAGAAGCUAAGCAGGCCCUGAUUGCCCCUGGAGAUGCAGAAAGUCAACAGAGACUAGCUCAGGUGGCCAAAGCUGUCUCACACUCUUUGAACAACUGUGUGAAUUGCCUCCCAGGACAGAAGGAUGUGGACGUGGCCUUGAAGAGUAUUGGCGAGUCUAGCAAGAAGCUCCUUGUUGAUUCGCUACCACCAAGUACCAAGCCUUUCCAGGAAGCCCAAAGUGAAUUGAACCAGGCUGCAGCUGACCUGAACCAGUCAGCAGGGGAAGUAGUCCAUGCCACUCGGGGACAGAGCGGAGAACUAGCAGCUGCCUCUGGAAAAUUCAGUGAUGACUUUGAUGAAUUCCUCGAUGCUGGCAUUGAAAUGGCUGGUCAAGCUCAGACUAAAGAGGACCAGAUCCAAGUGAUAGGUAACCUCAAGAAUAUCUCCAUGGCAUCCAGUAAGCUGUUGCUAGCUGCUAAAUCGCUCUCCGUUGAUCCAGGAGCCCCUAAUGCAAAAAAUCUCUUAGCAGCAGCUGCAAGAGCUGUGACAGAAAGCAUUAACCAGCUCAUCACACUGUGUACCCAGCAAGCACCAGGCCAGAAGGAAUGUGACAAUGCCCUCAGGGAACUUGAGACUGUUAAGGGAAUGUUGGAUAAUCCCAAUGAACCCGUUAGUGAUCUCUCCUAUUUUGACUGCAUUGAGAGUGUAAUGGAAAAUUCCAAGGUUCUGGGUGAGUCGAUGGCAGGCAUAUCUCAAAAUGCCAAGACGGGUGACCUUCCUCUGUUUGGAGAAUGCGUGGGAAUUGCAUCUAAAGCCCUCUGUGGCCUCACAGAGGCUGCAGCCCAGGCUGCUUACCUCGUUGGCAUCUCUGAUCCCAACAGUCAGGCCGGCCACCAGGGUCUUGUAGAUCACAUCCAAUUUGCUAGGGCUAAUCAGGCGAUCCAGAUGGCUUGUCAGAAUCUGGUGGACCCAGGCAGUAGUCCAUCACAGGUUUUGUCAGCUGCUACAAUUGUCGCCAAGCACACUUCUGCCUUGUGUAAUGCCUGUCGCAUCGCUUCGUCUAAGACAGCCAACCCAGUGGCCAAGAGGCAUUUUGUUCAAUCAGCAAAGGAGGUCGCCAACAGCACUGCCAACCUGGUGAAAACCAUCAAGGCUCUGGAUGGAGAUUUCUCUGAAGACAAUCGCACUAAGUGUCGAAUUGCAACUGUGCCCUUGAUUGAAGCGGUUGAAAAUCUGACAGCAUUUGCUUCCAACCCUGAGUUCGUCAGCAUUCCAGCCCAGAUCAGCUCUGAGGGAUCUCGGGCACAGGAACCUAUCCUAGUCUCAGCCAAGACCAUGUUGGAGAGUUCAUCUUUCCUGAUCAGGACUGCUCGCUCUUUGGCCAUCAAUCCUAAAGACCCACCCACCUGGUCUGUCCUUGCUGGACAUUCUCAUACUGUAUCAGAUUCCAUCAAGAGCCUCAUCACUUCCAUCAGGGAUAAGGCUCCAGGCCAGAGAGAGUGUGACUAUUCCAUUGAUGGCAUCAAUAGGUGUAUCCGAGAUAUUGAGCAGGCCUCUCUGGCUGCUGUCAGCCAGAACUUAGCCACAAGGGAUGACAUCUCAGUAGAGGCUUUGCAGGAGCAGUUGACAUCAGUGGUCCAGGAAAUUGGGCACCUUAUCGACCCCAUUGCUACAGCAGCUCGAGGAGAAGCAGCCCAGCUGGGACACAAGGUCACACAGCUGGCGAGUUACUUCGAACCCUUGAUCUUAGCUGCAGUUGGUGUGGCAUCUAAGAUUCUAGAUCAUCAACAGCAGAUGACAGUAUUGGACCAGACCAAGACACUGGCGGAGUCUGCUCUGCAGAUGUUGUACGCUGCCAAAGAAGGUGGAGGCAACCCUAAGGCACAGCACACCCAUGAUGCCAUCACAGAGGCCGCCCAGCUGAUGAAGGAAGCUGUGGAUGAUAUUAUGGUCACCUUGAAUGAAGCCGCCAGUGAAGUUGGAAUGGUGGGAGGAAUGGUGGAUGCAAUUGCAGAAGCCAUGAGCAAGCUGGAUGAAGGCACUCCUCCAGAACCAAAGGGAACUUUUGUUGACUACCAGACAACAGUGGUGAAAUAUUCCAAAGCCAUUGCUAUAACAGCACAAGAAAUGAUGACUAAGUCGGUUACUAACCCGGAGGAGUUGGGAGGACUUGCUUCACAAAUGACCAGUGACUAUGGGCAUUUGGCCCUCCAGGGCCAGAUGGCAGCAGCUACAGCUGAACCAGAAGAGAUUGGAUUCCAGAUCCGGACCCGUGCUCAGGAUCUCGGCCAUGGCUGUAUCUUCCUUGUCCAGAAGGCAGGAGCUCUUCAGGUCUGCCCCACUGACAGUUACACCAAGAGGGAGCUGAUAGAGUGUGCCCGCUCAGUCACUGAAAAGGUUUCUUUGGUUCUGUCUGCCCUCCAAGCAGGGAAUAAAGGGACGCAGGCUUGCAUCACGGCAGCCAGUGCUGUGUCAGGCAUCAUUGCUGAUCUGGAUACCACCAUCAUGUUUGCAACAGCGGGGACCCUCAAUGCUGAGAACAAUGAAACCUUUGCAGACCACAGGGAGAACAUUUUGAAGACGGCAAAGGCCUUGGUGGAGGAUACAAAACUACUGGUGUCAGGGGCUGCUUCAACUCAAGAUAAACUGGCCCAAGCAGCUCAGUCAUCGGCAGCCACCAUCACCCAGCUUGCCGAGGUGGUGAAGCUAGGAGCAGCCAGCCUAGGGUCUGAUGAUCCUGAGACCCAGGUGGUCCUGAUCAAUGCCAUCAAAGAUGUGGCCAAGGCCCUUUCUGAUCUUAUUGGUGCUACUAAAGGAGCUGCCAGCAAGCCGGCCGAUGAUCCAUCCAUGUACCAACUCAAGGGUGCAGCCAAGGUAAUGGUAACAAAUGUCACAUCUCUCCUGAAGACAGUGAAAGCUGUGGAGGAUGAAGCUACCAGAGGCACCAGGGCUCUGGAAGCCACCAUUGAGUACAUAAAACAAGAGCUAACGGUAUUUCAGUCAAAGGAGGUACCAGAAAAGACAUCAUCACCUGAAGAAUCGAUAAGGAUGACGAAAGGCAUCACUAUGGCAACUGCCAAAGCCGUGGCCGCUGGGAACUCAUGCAGACAGGAGGACGUGAUUGCUACUGCAAAUCUGAGCCGAAAAGCAGUGUCUGACAUGUUGACAGCUUGUAAGCAAGCUUCAUAUCAUGCUGAUGUUGCUGAAGAUGUGAAAGCCCGAGCUUUGCGCUAUGGGACUGAGUGCACCUUGGGAUACCUGGAUCUACUGGAACAUGUUCUUGUGAUUCUUCAGAAACCAACACCAGAGCUAAAGCAUCAGUUGGCCACUUUCUCUAAGCGAGUGGCAGGUGCUGUGACUGAGCUUAUCCAGGCAGCGGAAGCCAUGAAAGGGACAGAGUGGGUAGAUCCGGAAGACCCAACAGUCAUUGCCGAAACCGAAUUACUGGGGGCUGCAGCAUCAAUUGAGGCUGCGGCCAAGAAGUUAGAACAACUGAAGCCGAGAGCUAAACCAAAACAAGCAGAUGAGACUCUGGAUUUUGAAGAACAGAUCUUAGAAGCAGCCAAAUCCAUUGCAGCAGCCACGAGUGCCCUCGUCAAGUCAGCUUCGGCCGCCCAGAGAGAGCUGGUGGCCCAAGGGAAGGUUGGCGCGAUCCCCGCAAAUGCUGCUGACGAUGGACAGUGGUCUCAGGGACUAAUUUCUGCGGCCAGGAUGGUGGCGGCGGCGACCAGUAGCCUGUGUGAAGCCGCCAAUGCCUCCGUUCAGGGCCAUGCCAGUGAGGAAAAGCUGAUCUCAUCCGCCAAGCAAGUUGCAGCUUCCACGGCCCAGCUGCUUGUGGCUUGUAAGGUGAAGGCUGACCAGGACUCAGAGGCCAUGCGGAGGCUACAGGCUGCAGGAAAUGCUGUGAAAAGAGCAUCUGACAAUCUUGUGCGUGCAGCGCAGAAAGCGGCCUUUGGCAAAGCUGAUGAUGAUGAUGUGGUGGUGAAGACAAAGUUUGUGGGCGGCAUUGCUCAGAUCAUUGCUGCCCAAGAAGAAAUGCUGAAGAAAGAACGAGAACUAGAAGAAGCAAGGAAAAAACUGGCUCAGAUCCGCCAGCAGCAAUACAAAUUCCUCCCCACAGAGCUGAGAGAGGAUGAGGGCUAAACCCCAGAGCUGAGGUCAAAAGCCCAAGGGGCCGCUAUAGAAAGAACCAAACUGACAUCCUUCUGAUGAGCCACGGGCUUAUCUGGAAACUGCCUGCAGGUGCUCAGAGGAGCACCAGACAAAUGUGUGUUUAUGUUCUUGUUCAUCUGUACGGCAAAAGCUGCAUGAUCGUGUCGUCCCCACGGUACAGUGUCCCCUUCUCUUCCCCUUCCUCAUUCACUGUAUCUCAAGAGAGGACACACAUUUUAUGAACUGUUACCCCUAUUCCCCCCGCAAAAAAAAAAAUCAGUAUUAUGUCACUCUUUGACAUUUGGAUUUUGUCAAUCCUCCCCCCCGGCCUGUUAUUGGGAUCUUUGGGGGAAUCUUAAUAGGAAGAAAGAAAAACUGAGGAAAAGUCAUUCACGUCACCGGUAUCUACCACUAUAGAGUAAAUGAUUCUUCUCCUUCUCCAGAGAAGAUGGCAGACGUGGUUUGGACACAGUUAAGCUACAAACGCAAACCAGUUCGGACUCCAGGAGGGUGAUGUGUGCCCUCCCCCCCCAAUUUUGUGUUUUGGUAAUUGACUCGCCUCGGAUUUUAGAAGAAUCAUUGCUCCCAAUUGCACUAGUCUGUGGGUCUGUUCUUGCUCCUUAUCUAUCAUCUACUUGUAUGAUAUGUACCAAUUGUAUAUUCUGUGGCCCAGGAAGUGAAAUAUUGUUUUUUGUUUUUGUUUUUUGUUUUUCCUCUCUAGAACUCCAGUGGGCUAAGGAAAAGGAGGCCUGUCAGACCUUGGGAAGCAAGGGAUUGUAAUAAAACAUGCAUGCUUAGUUACUCUUCUGAAGCUGCUUAGGUUUGCACACAUUCAUACACACAAAUACACCCAUCCAUUCUCUAGUUAAGGUCCAAGCAUAUUGGCCACCUUUUAAAAGUUACUUUAGGGCGUUCAUCCAGAAUGGAUGAAUUGCUCAGUGUCUCCUCUUUCUCCUUCCUCUUCUCCCAUCUGUAGGCUUUGUCCUGUAUCAAAACUACUGUAUUCUCAGAAAAAGUCAGUCUCCAUAUUUGGAAAUUCCAUUGUUCAGGAGGUGAGAAAAUAACUCACAAGCUUCAUCUCCUUGAUUGAGCAUCAGUAUGAAAUAGUUUAUCAUAUUGGAACUUUCUAGAACUUUCUCUUUUUUUUUUUUAAAUGUCCUCAGGUACUUCCCCCUCACCUACUACUUUUUGGAACUUUUUUUUUCUUUCUUCCUUUUUUUUUAAAUGCAAUAUUUCAUAAGGUACUUUACCUUUUCCCUGAAUUCCCAAGAGUAUUCUGAUACUCCUAUUAAAGAAGGUACAUGUAAGAUGAGCCAGUCAUCCCAAGCAUAGUCCUUUGUAAAGUUCAUGGAGGGAGCAGCAGAACCUGCUUGUCAGAAAAAGCUUUCACCCUCUGCCUGUUUUCCUGGAGAGUGUUAGCUUUAUUUCCUUCUCCUUCCUUGCUGUCAUUAACUCUGUAUGGGAUGGAUUGGAAAGUCCACUUAGAAUGGGAAAAGAUGGUCUUUCCAGCCUUCGAAAGGCUCCACUUUUAGAUUGCAAUACAUUUCCAAAUUAAUCAUUUAUACGGCAGACCCCAGUCCUAGCCCAUCCAUCUUGCCAUCCUUGCUCAUGAAACCUUGCUAAUUGGACUUCAGAGCAAUCUCAUAGUAUUCAAGUACCAUUCAGCUAUUGAAGACUUCCCCUAUUUAAGAGACUUUGCAUGCACUAUACGUAUCAGGGAAGUUUUUUUAGGGACUAGUAGAGACUUAAAGAUGAUAGUGUCUAGGUUUGUUUUUGGUUUUGUUUUAACUUGAGAAUGUGUACAGGGAAUUGGGUUAAGAAGGCAGUGGGCUUACCAAUUCCCCAGAAUCAAGGAAUAGAUAGAAUUGUGGCAUCUCAGGAAAAGGUGGAGGGCUCGUGGAGUGUGGCAGCUGGUCUGUGUGGAUGCUGCCUGGAGCUUGGCCCGUCCCUGAGCCUCUUCAGAGAUCCCCUCAGAUACACCCCCUGGCUAUGCCCCUGCCUCCCACGUGUGAUGAUGACGGUGAAGCCUCUUUUGUCACACAGCUUAGUGAGGGGAGUCUGAAACAUCAGUAGAUAUUUCCUAAUGUAUUUACAAGGAAACUGGCUGAAGAGGAUAAAUAGAAAGCCAAAUCCUUUGCAAGCUGUGAGGAAUAGGAAAGAAAGACAGAAGUUUAUUUUUGUAGCGCCUAAACGUCCCCCUUUGUCAGGGUUUGUUGCUGCUGUUACCCUUCUGGAUGCUGUUUGCAGGAUGUACUAUCCCAUGCAGUGUAGCCUUAGUUGGUUCUUUCCUCACUUAGCACACACACGCACACAUGUGCAUGCACGCACGCACACACACACACCAUCCUAUGUGAAUAACCUCAUUUUGGGCAAUCAGAUGUGGGCUUUGUUUUAUCCAUAAAAUGGUAUGUGGCUUGAUGGUAGGUUUAGACAUUUUUUAAUAAUUGUUCCGUUCCCCCUAGAUCUUACUGCUUAGAUUUUUAAGAGAGCACCUUCCUCUGGCUAAAAUUAAAAGUUUUCUAAAGGCUAAUAUCCCCAAACAUGAGUCUUUGUUUCAGGAAAUCACUUUCUUUUCAUAAGAUCAUAGAUGUAUGCGGGUUUUUAAUCUUUUUUGUGUCCUGAACCCAUUUGUCACUCUGAAGCCUAUAGGCCUCUUCUCAGACCAAUGUUUAUUAAAUGCAUAAAAUAAAAUAUAUAGGAUUAUACAGGAAACCCAUUAUAUUGAAAUAUAAAAGUAUUUUUUUAAGUUAACAACCCAAGUUAAAAACCCUGAUCUAGCCCAACCUCUCACCCCUUAUUUUACAUAGGAGAAAAUUAAGGCCUAAAGAGGGACAGGUGAAAUGAUUUGAUAAAAGUCGCAUAUCUAGUAAAUGACAAUGGGGACUCAUUUCUAGAUCUCCUAAUUCCAAAUCCAGUCUUGACUGUUCUGUCAUCAAGGGGAUGAUAAAUCAAAGGUAUCCACAUUUUUGGUUUAGAUAAGGGUAACCAAUAAAGAUAUGUGUGAGGUUACAUUGUCUAUUAAAUGUGGGAUGUGCUGGUCAUUGCCUUUUUUUCUUAUGCUGGGACCUAGAGUUUUACUUUGAUCCCCAGGGUCCAAAGGCCUGCAAAUUGAAGAGCUGUUGUUGAACAUUUGAGGAGUCUACUUUGCAAUGAACACAGGGAAACCAGCAACUUAGUCUUUCUCUCAGUAAAAUGAUCUCCAGUGCUCCGAAACUGAGCUGUGCCCAGAGAUUAAACUGGCCAGUAGAAGAUACCCAACGUAUCUGAUUUUCUUAAAAACCAUUUGGGCAAAGGGCUAAAGGAUCGUAGAAUCACAGGUGCUAAGUGUUUUAUCUGCAGUCAUAAACCUUAAUUAUUGACUCAUCUCCUAAUCUACAGUGACACCAAGCAUUAGUGUAGAAUUUGGGGGAAAACUGGAAGUUCAAUGAGUGUAGCUUUUUGAAAUGUGCUCUGUAACAGGAUUUAGACCAGCCAACAAUGGUAUGUCCUGGGCCUCUGCUCUGCUCAGAGUACAGUCUAAGAAGUACACAUCCUUUUAGCUUCUUUACAUGCUAAUUUUAUAGAAAUCAUGAGACUCAUGGAAAUGAACUCUUAUGGCUUCUUAUGUUGGCAAGUAUUGGUUUUCUGAGAGUGUUUUUCUAUGAAUAUUCUGCCAGUGAAUUUAUGGACAAAACAAAUUUAUAGUCUUCUUUACCACCACCACCAAAAGAAAAAGAAACACAAAAAUCUAUGAAAACUUUUAAAAUUUGGGUGCAUUGUAAUACUAUAAUUUAUCAGAUUUGCAAUUACAUUUUUUAAAAUUACUCUCCACUACGCGUGUGUGUGUGUGUGUGUGUGUGUGUGUGUGUGUGUGUGUAAGAGAGAGAGAGAAAGUGAGUGUCUGUCUGUCUGUCUCAGAGGCAUAUGCAGAGUUGCCAGCUGGUAUUUCCAGUACCAUUGACUAAGGUACCUCACUAGAAGUCAUUGGACUUCAGCCCUUUAGGUAUAGUCUUUAGAAAUGCCUCACAUCUACUAACUCAAAAUGUCCCAGAGCAAACAUGCAGCCUCCCUCUUCAAAUCAGAGGGGUGGUUUUUCCUUGGGUGGCUCUAGGAACCUUGUGCCUUCCUCUUAAUAAAAAGCUUCCUGGGAAAGGUACAAAAUCAUUCUCCCAAAGGAGAUAACUGUAGUUAGUAUAUAGAACUGAAAGAUGGGGUUAAAAAAUCUUCCAUCCUUAGUCAUGACUUCUUGUCCUUGCUUUAAACCAAAUUCCUUAGAUUAAAAUAAAGAUGUAAUUUAGGUUAUACCCUCAUAAUGAGGACGCUUCUAGUACCCAAACGAAAAGACAAUGCUGGAAACACAAAUAAAAUACAAACAGCUUGACUUUGUAUAUUUGUUUAGAGGAUAAACUGUAGCAGCCACUGAGCUUGGCCAAUCCUUAUAAGGGCUAAUGCUCUCUGUGGUUCAGUAUUUGCAUUUUUAAAGACAGAACAUGGUAGUAGGGACUUAACUGAACUUAAUUUUCUGAAUUAUGGAUUACAGCCUGGGUGAUCUUUCCCACCACUUAAUUUUAGUUUUGUUUUUCAGUUAACAAGCAUUUUCUUUUUCCCUCUCCCACCCCACUAUUGAAUGGAGGGGAGAAAAGGGGGGUAGGGUAUGGAGGAGAGUACCACAAAGGAUGAAGAAAUACAAAACUUUUAUAAUAUGAGCAUAGUCAAAUAAAACCAAUCCCCACAUUGACCAGGACCAAAACCAUGUCUCAUUCUAUCACUUCUCCAUCAGGAGGUGGACAGCAUGCUUCAUUAUCAGUUUCUGUGGAAUCAUGUUUUCCUACUACCUACUGCAAAUUACCUUUCCCACUCUACAACAGGAAAGGACAAAACAAGAACACACUGAUUUUAGUUUUGGAAUUUUGGAAGGUGAAAAUGAACACAUGGUAUAUAGAUUCCAUAUUGCAAGUUAGUUAAAUGUCAUCUCCCUAGAGUUGGGCCAAAGUUCCACAGAUUUUGGGUUCUGGGUAAAUGAACUAAGAUGCUCUUGACAUCCUAUAAGAUUACUACCCUUCACUGGCUCCAUCUUUCUCCCUCUAUAAAUGGUAAUAUGUUAUAAAUCAUUAGGAAUGGACUUUAUUAUGUUGAUUUUUCUCUUUUAAAAAAAAACACUAUGAAGGGAUUUUUCUUUUUUUGUAAAUGAAGUUUGAGCUUUUUCUUGCUGUGAAUCUGCUUCCUUACCCCUCUUACAAGCGUCCAUGUUUUAAAUGCUCAACCUUGAACUCAGAAUCGUUCCAGGGUGUAUGAGACAGGCUCUUGCUUGGCAACUUGCCCUCAUCAAGCUGCAAAUCCAGAAGGAAUCAGAAAUGGUCCAUCCCUGAUGUCAUAGUGUCUGUAUGCUAUUUAUCUGGCCACAGAAAUUAUUUUUUUGUAUUCACCAGAAAUAAACUUUUAAAGAAA